AUGCAUUAUGGGUUGGUUAUUUUUGGGAAAUUGCAAAUUGAAGGAGAAACUAAUGGAAGAAGAAAGCAAACGGUUCAACCUCAAAGCUUGAAACCACAUGAGGAUCAUCAAGUCAAGAGUCUUGUUUUUGCUAAAAGAUACCUACAUGCAUAUGGCUAUCUCAACGAUGAUCAAGAUGAUGACGUGGAGUUAGGAAUAAGGAAGUUUCAAGAAUUCUAUAGACUAAAUGUUUCUGGAAAACUUGACCUUGAAACGAUCAAGGCAAUGGCACGUCCAAGAUGUGGCGUACCAGAUCAUCAUCAUGUGUCAAGUACAAGCCUUGUCAAUGAUUCAAAGUAUGCCUUUUUCCAAGGAAAUCCUACAUGGCCUCCUUCUAAGAGAAGCCUCACUUACAGCAUCGACACUACCAACAACGUUGUAUCAAUAGAUGAUUUGAGACAAGCUUUUAUUCGGGCAUUCGGGCAAUGGACCAUUGUCACGGAUUCGAAAUUCACGUUCAAAGAGGUUCCUAUUGGAUCCGACAUUGUGAUCGGAUUUUAUAGUCGUGAUCAUGGUGAUAACAAUCCAUUUGAUGGCCGAGGUGGUGUUCUUGCACAUGCUUUUGCACCGACGGACGGAAGGAUGCACCUUGACGCAGAUGAGCCAUGGAGCGUUGCGGUUCCGACGCCGGCCGGCAGUGUCGAUUUGGUGUCGGUGGGUGUGCAUGAAGCAGGACACCAUCUGGGACUUCAUCAUAGUCAAGAUCCAAAUGCAGUGAUGCAUGCGUUUUUAGGCAUAGGAGAAAAUAAGAGGAUUUUGAAUCUUGAUGAUAUUGCAGGCAUACAAGCCCCAUACCCUAAUUAA